CAAAGUCGGGUCACUUUCUUUUAAGGUACACACUACACAGGUUCACAGCUCAAAACAGCUUUUAAGGUACACACAAGUGACACAACAACACGAAAGUCACAAACUUAGAAAGAACCCAAAACCCUCCGCCGCCACUUCAAAAAAAAAAAUGGCCACUUUCACCCACCCCAAAACCUCCCUCUUCGGCGGCGCCCGCAUUCCGAUGCCCACAGCCACCAAGUCCCGGACUUUCGCCCCAUUCCGCGUCCGGAUGGCCCUCCAGGACUCCGGCCCCUCCAUCGCCGUCGUCGGCGUCACCGGCGCCGUCGGCCAGGAGUUCCUCUCCGUCCUCCACGACCGCGACUUCCCUUACCGCUCCAUCAAAAUGCUCGCCUCCAAGCGCUCCGCCGGCCAGAAACUCUCGUUCCAGGGCCGGAGCUACGUCGUCGAGGAGCUCACCGGCGGCAGCUUCGACGGCGUCGACAUCGCCCUCUUCAGCGCUGGUGGGUCCAUCAGCAAAGAGUUCGGGCCCAUCGCCGUCGAGAAGGGCACCAUUGUCGUUGACAACAGCUCGGCGUUUCGGAUGCAAGACGACGUGCCGUUGGUCGUGCCGGAGGUGAACCCGGAGGCCAUGGAGGGGAUCAAGGCCGGAAAAGGAAAGGGGGCGCUUAUUGCUAAUCCUAAUUGCUCCACCAUUAUCUGCUUGAUGGCUGCUACUCCUCUACAUCGUCACUCUAAGGUGAAACGCAUGGUGGUUAGUACGUAUCAGGCUGCUAGUGGAGCUGGUGCUGCUGCUAUGAGAGAGCUUGAGCAGCAAACUCAUGAGGUUCUGGAAGGGAAGCCAGUAACUUGUGAGAUAUUUCAGCGGCAGUAUGCUUUUAAUUUGUUUUCCCACAAUUCAGCGGUUCUUCCAAAUGGAUAUAAUGAAGAGGAAAUGAAACUAGUCAAGGAGACACGAAAAAUAUGGAAUGACAAGGAUGUCAAGGUAACUGCCACAUGCAUACGAGUUCCUGUAAUGCGGGCACAUGCUGAGAGUGUAAAUCUUGAAUUUGAGAAUCCCCUUGAUGAGGACACUGCAAGGGAUAUUCUGAAGAAGGCUCCAGGUGUGGUGGUUAUUGAUGACCGUGCAGCUAAUAACUUUCCUACACCUUUGGAGGUGUCAAACAAAGAUGAUGUUGCAGUUGGCCGAAUCCGCCGUGAUGUGUCCCAAGAGGGGAACUAUGGGUUGGACAUCUUUGUCUGCGGUGAUCAAAUACGCAAGGGAGCUGCACUUAAUGCUGUUCAGAUUGCUGAGCUGUUGCUAUAGUUAAACUCUGAUUUCAAUGGUGAGGUUUCUCACCAUCUAAUCUAUUUGCCGAGUUGAAGUAAUUUGAGAUCUUCUUAGUUGUACUUUAGUCUUUAGAUUGGGUUGUGAGGUGAGAUGGAGCAAAUCCAAGCAGUUUUUGUAGACUAGUUAUUCAUUUUCAAAUGCAACUGUUAACAUAAUAUCCUUCCAUUUGGAGGAGAUUUUGUUAGAAUAAACUUGUAAUUUAAGAGAAUGAAUUGUACGGGGAUGUUGUUCUGAUUA